ACCGCUGCGGCUCUCAGUCUCCACCCGGACUCCGCCAUGUUGAGUCUUGUGGGGCGUGUGGCCUCGGCCUCGGCCUCCGGGGCAUUACGGGGACUCGGCCCUUCGGCGGCAUCGCUACCCCAGGCGCAGCUCUUACUGCGAGCCGCUCCCUCCGUAGUGCAUGCUGCCAGGGACUAUGCGGCGCAGACGUCCCCGGCCCCGAAGGCAGGCGCUGCCACCGGGCGGAUCGUGGCGGUCAUCGGCGCCGUGGUGGACGUCCAGUUCGAUGAGGGACUACCGCCCAUCCUAAAUGCCCUGGAAGUGCAAGGCAGGGACACCAGACUGGUUUUGGAGGUGGCGCAGCAUUUGGGGGAGAGCACCGUCAGAACCAUCGCCAUGGAUGGCACUGAAGGCUUGGUUAGAGGCCAGAAAGUCCUGGAUUCAGGCGCGCCAAUCAAAAUUCCUGUUGGUCCAGAGACCUUGGGCAGGAUCAUGAAUGUCAUUGGAGAACCUAUUGAUGAGAGAGGUCCCAUCAAAACCAAACAAUUUGCUCCUAUUCACGCCGAGGCUCCUGAGUUCAUGGAGAUGAGUGUUGAGCAGGAAAUUCUGGUGACGGGUAUAAAGGUUGUGGAUCUGCUGGCCCCGUACGCCAAGGGUGGCAAAAUCGGACUCUUCGGUGGUGCUGGCGUGGGAAAGACGGUACUGAUCAUGGAGCUCAUCAACAACGUUGCUAAAGCCCAUGGCGGUUACUCUGUGUUUGCUGGUGUUGGCGAGAGGACCCGUGAGGGCAAUGAUUUAUACCAUGAAAUGAUUGAGUCUGGUGUUAUCAACCUAAAAGAUGCCACCUCCAAGGUAGCCUUGGUCUACGGGCAGAUGAAUGAGCCCCCUGGUGCUCGUGCCCGGGUAGCUCUGACUGGUUUGACUGUCGCGGAGUACUUCAGAGACCAAGAAGGCCAGGAUGUCCUGCUGUUCAUCGACAACAUCUUCCGCUUCACCCAGGCUGGCUCAGAGGUGUCUGCCUUGCUGGGCAGAAUCCCUUCUGCUGUAGGCUACCAGCCGACGCUGGCCACUGACAUGGGGACAAUGCAGGAGAGAAUCACCACCACCAAGAAGGGCUCUAUCACCUCUGUGCAGGCCAUCUAUGUGCCUGCUGAUGACCUGACUGAUCCGGCCCCUGCAACUACCUUUGCCCAUUUGGAUGCUACUACCGUGCUGUCCCGAGCUAUUGCUGAGUUGGGCAUCUAUCCAGCUGUGGAUCCUCUGGACUCCACCUCUCGAAUUAUGGAUCCUAAUAUUGUUGGCAGUGAGCACUAUGAUGUCGCCCGAGGGGUGCAGAAGAUUCUGCAGGACUACAAAUCUCUCCAGGACAUCAUUGCCAUUUUGGGCAUGGAUGAACUUUCUGAGGAAGAUAAACUGACUGUGUCCCGGGCAAGGAAAAUCCAGCGUUUCUUGUCCCAGCCAUUCCAGGUUGCUGAGGUCUUCACAGGUCACAUGGGAAAGCUUGUGCCCUUGAAGGAGACCAUUAAAGGGUUCCAGCAGAUUUUAGCAGGCGACUAUGACCAUCUCCCAGAGCAAGCCUUCUAUAUGGUGGGGCCGAUUGAAGAAGCUGUGGCAAAGGCCGACAAGCUAGCAGAAGAGCACGCCUCAUGAGGGGUCCAUUUGCCAAACUCAGCACUCUGUACUGUCCUCUCCUUCCUCCAUGCUGAAAGCUCAGUUUCCUGUGUAGGCCACACAAGAGCCUUGAUUGAAGAUGUGAUGUUCUCUCUGAGGAGAGGAGUAUUUAAAGUUUUCAAUAAAGUGUACACCCCUCGCU